AUGUCAGUGAUAUGCGUUGAGUUACUUUUCUGGGGCGUGUUAUAUGCUGUGUGCCAAGAUGUCGGCGGCGUGCAUGGCAACCAGGACACCGGGGAUGCCAGGGACCGGCUCCUGCCUCAUCCUCGGCAUGUAGGGCCUCCAGGCCCGAGGACAGACACCACACAGCCCGGGGACCCGCUCCUGACACAGGUACGGCAUGCAGGGCCUCCAGGCCCGAGGACAGACCUGACACAUCCCGGGGACCGUCUCCUGCCUCAUCCUCGGCAUGUAGGGCCUCCAGGCCCGAGGACAGACCUGACACAGCCCCGGGACCGACUCCUACCUCAGGUGCGGCUUGUAGUGCCUCCUGGCCCGCAGACGGAGCCCCGGGCGGACCCCAGCUUCAUGGCGGAGCUGUUCCACCAUCUCGCCGGAGACUCCGGCGCCAGGAGAACCGGUCCGACUCCGUACGGGGCCACAACAAUCAGGUUCUACCGCAGCCAAGAAUCAGCCGUCCCGUUCCACCUGCGGCACGAGAGCGGCAGCCUGGCGAUGUCCUUCAACGUCUCAAGCCUUCAAGACAGUGCUGUGGUGACGUCAGCCCAGCUGCGCGUCUUCAGACGGGCCAAGACGUCCUGGGAGGAGACGACGUCUUCCUUAUGUCGCCUGUACGUCUUCCGUACUUCUCAAGACGGUACAAAGGUGAGACAACCUGUCAGUAGGAGGCGGUUCCACUCCGCUUCCUCUGGUUGGGAGGUGUUUAACAUAACCCAGUGUUUCGGUCGGCACCAGGGGGCGGACAGAGUUCUACAGCUGGUCGUCAAGGUGAAGUGCAAGUCUGGCGGGAACAGCACCGAGCUGGUGGGACCGAGAAACGACACGCACCACCCGUCCCUGGUGAUGUACAUCCGUGACAGCGGGGAGAGCAACACCAGCGAGCCGCCCGCGUUCCUGCCGGUUACAACGGAGCUGCCAGUGCGGCGGGGUCUUCCUGUCAAUGGGCCGGUCAUAGCGUCCCGACACGACAUUCUCACACCACACGACGGUCCCUCACGACACGACAGUCCCACGCCACACGACAGUUCCCACAGAGCGUCACGACACGGCCAUCCGACACGACACGGGAAUUCCACAACAGCACCACGACAGAGCAGUCUACGAGGACACGACAAUCCUUACCCAGCGACACAACACGACAUUCCCAACGCAGCGACACGACAUGGCACUCCAUCAUCAUACGGCAGUCCCUCUCCAGCUUCACGACACCGACCUUCAGCCGUGCGACAGCGCCGACAUGCGAUUCUCGGCAAAACUGCCUGCCACCCCAAACGUUCCGUCCGCCCCGGCCACGCAGGUAACGCCCACCCCAGGCGCUCCUGCAAGUCCUGCAAGCGGCACAGCCUUUACGUGGACUUUACGGAGCUGGGCUGGGGCUGGAUCAUCGCGCCGGCGGGGUACACGGCCUACUACUGCAAGGGUCACUGCCCGCCCAUCAUGGGGCAGCACCUCCGCCCCACCAACCACGCGGUGGUGCAGAACAUCAUGGGCACCCUCCACCCCAGGGUCCCGCCCGCCAGGUGCGUCCCCGGCAUGCUCCGGCCAAUCAGCGUGCUCCAUUACGAGGAGAACGGGAGCAUCAUCUACAAGGAGUACCCGGAUAUGGUGGCCAUGUCCUGUGCCUGUCGGUAGAUGUACCGGAUAUGGUGGCCAUAUCCUGUGCCUGUCGGUAGAUGUACCGGAUAUGGUUGCCAUGUCCUGUGCCUGUCGGUAAGUGUACCGGAUAUGGUUGCCAUGUCCUGUGCCUGUCGGUAGAUGUACCGGAUAUGGUUGCCAUGUCCUGUGCCUGUCGGUAGAUGUACCGGAUAUGGUGGCCAUGUCUUGCGUCUGCCGGUAAACGAACACUCACAGUAGAGAAGUGCCCUUAUGUCCCAGAUUAUGGCAAAAUGGCACUGUUGAAGUCAAGAUUCUUCACUAAAAUUUCAUGUAAUGAGAUACUCAAUACAAAAGUUGCCCAAAAAUACUAGAUAAUUUUCUGUGACUGCCGACAGUCCACAGGUUCUGUCUGAAAUGUCUAAACGUUUACACAAUUAAUCCGGCGGUUUUUGUAUUGAUUAUUUCAUUUCUGUUUAAUGUAAAAUCGCUUUGUCACUGAUAUAAACGUAAUAAGUUAAAAAGUGAAGAACUAUGAUAUAAUAAUUGCCAAGAAAUAUAUAUAUAUAUUCGUUUCAUUUAUCCCUAAAUGGAGUAUAAAAUGACACCUUUGAAAAAGAAACGUAAAAAAUAUACUUUUUACUUGUAGUUUUAUACAUACUUAGUUUACCCUGGGUUGCCUAUGACUGCACAAGGUAAGAAACGUGACACUUUGCCGACGGAAAAAAUAAUCGUAAUCCUACAAAAAGCGUUCCCACUGUAUAGCGGUUUGAAAACGCUAGGUGGCGCUUCUUACAUCGCUUCAGGCGUCUGACGUCACCCCAACCGCUCGGCAAAGCUGGUCACGUGGUCUGCUGUGUAUGACUGGCGACCAGUGGCUGAAUCUUGUUUAUUUUCGUAACUUUAUAUCAAAGAUUUAUUUAUGAAACUUUUGUUUCAACUUCGUGCUUAAGCUGAACAAUAGUGUAAUUUGAAAGAAUUAUGAAGUUGUAAAAAGGCCGACAUGUCCAUUUAGAUUAUCUUCCAAAAUUGUAAACAAUAAUCUAAAGAUAAUUUGUAAUUCCACCUGAGUGGUUUUUGUAGGGACAUUAUUCAAUAUUUAUAUUUAUGCUUGACUGUAUACCAUAUACCGGAGCACUAUUGAAAAGGUUUAGUUAUUAGUAAUGCCGUUAAAUAUCACAGAUGUGCAAUAUCUCUAUUUUAACUUUCAGAACAUAAUAUAUAACUUACCUCACUAGUCUAAUAUUAAGUAAUGUCAAUGAAGACAUAUUUUAUAAAGAUAUAUCUAUUUAUAAGGAAAUAUGGUAAUGUCUAUCUAUGUUGAUAAUGCUACAACUUUUGGCUCGCCCCUAAGGCGUCGCCAAAAAUAAGGGAACUUGUACAGGACGGAAACCGACCCGGAAAGGAUUAUGGACUCACGAGUGACGUCAUCAAAUGUACUAUAGUGUUACGAAUUAAAGUGGAAUUUUUGGCAGUGA